UAAAGGAGCAGCUAUCAUCUGGUUCACGGUGAGAACUGGGUCAGCAUGAAUAUGAUAUUCCACAAAGCUUUUAAUGUGUGACUUGGUGGUUUGCAAGAGCAAACAUUCCAAUAAUUUCAUUAUUUUGUUCAAAUGUAGGAAAUUGAAUUAGUAAAAAAACAACAAUGACAACAGCUGGUCAGCCCCAUUUUGUGCCUCUCAUAUGUGUACAUGGGGACUAGUCCGUCAUUCCACAGACUGCGGGAACGCGCAACCAAAAUGGCAAAUGCCUUGUCAUUUUCAAAGAGUUUACAAACAUCGCAACUCGCACCCAUUUCCUCUCAGGUGAUCAAAUGCAAGGCAGCUGUUGCGUGGGGUCCAGGGAGACCUCUCUCUGUUGAAGAUGUGGAGGUGGCCCCGCCUAAGACCCAUGAAGUUCGCAUCAAGAUUGUUGCCGCAGGCGUGUGCCACACGGACCGUGAGUACUUGUAUGAGACUGAAAAGGGGAUGAGGUUCAGACCUUUCCCGUUGGUUCUUGGCCAUGAAGCAGCAGGUGUAGUGGAGAGUGUUGGUCCAGAAGUCACCAAAUUCUCACCAGGUGAUAAAGUCAUCCCUCUUUUUCUGCCACAGUGUGGGGAAUGUGAACGAUGUCUAAGUCCUAAGACAAAUCAUUGCAGAAAGAACUGGGCAAAUACACAAGCUGGUGUGUUGGCUGACGGCACAAGCAGGAUAUCUUGUAAGGGGCAGCAGGUAUACCAGUUCCUGGGUGUCAGUUCCUUCUCCCAGUACACUGUGGUCCCUGAUACCUCACUUGCAAAAAUAAGAAGUGAUGCCCCACUGAACAAAGUGUUUCUGCUAGGCUGUGGUGUGUCCACUGGUUAUGGUGCUGCUCUUAAUGCAGGGAAGGUUGAAAAAGAUUCCUUGUGUGUCGUCUUUGGGCUUGGAGCGGUCGGACUGGCUGCUAUUAUGGGCUGCAAGGCUGCUGGGGCGAAAACAAUCAUCGGGGUCGAUGUCAACCCUGACAAGUUUGAGAAAGCCAAAUUGUUUGGAGCCACUGAAUGUGUCAACCCCAAAGAUCAUACCAAACCCAUCCAGGAGGUUUUGGUGGAGAUGACAGGCGGAGGAGUGGACUACGCUCUGGAGUGUGUUGGAAGUCCAGUUGUCAUGAGUGCUGCACUUGAGUCUACAAGAGAUGCCUGGGGUGUGUGUGUCAUUGCUGGGUGGACGGAGACAAAGAAAAUGAGCGUAAUGGUUGAAAAGAUCCUGAUGGGACGCACCUUGAAGGGGACUUAUUUUGGAGGUUGGAAGAGUGUUGAGGAUGUGCCUAAACUGGUGGACACCUACAUGGAUAAUAAGCUGAAGCUCGAUGAAUUUAUCACCCACAACCGCUCACUGCAUCAAAUCAAUGAAGCCUUUGACAUUUUGCAAAGUGGGAAAAGCAUCCGUACUUUAAUCAGUCUGUGGCAAGGAGGAUCAACCUGAAAUGUCUACCUUAUAAGAUGAUGGAUUGACAUUCAGUGUCACUGGAAUGAUAUGUCAUAUACAAAUCUGUACUGCAUUUUCUCAAAUUAUUUAUGCUCUUUUCCUUGACAGAUUUUGAGAAUUAAGAUGUUUCCUCUGCUUAACUUUGUUGCAAGUUACAUCAUUGGCCACUAGAUGUCAGUCUUAUGUCAUGUAAAAGCUUCUGUGCCAUGUGUCCAAGAAUGGCUUCUAACAUUAAAAAGACAUUUUCUUGCUGCAAAUUAUUGUAUACGUUCAUUAAGAAUAAAUUCUCAUGUUCUUUUUUCCCCUUGUAUAUCACAUAUCUAAUAAAAAGGCAGAAACAC